AUGGCUUUGGUGUUAAUAUUUAUUAUUCUUAUUGUUCUCAUUGUGAUUUUAUUAUAUUGUUUACUAAAAAGAAACCAACAGUAUUGGCAGAAAUUAGGUAUUGUUGGACCAAAACCAAAUAUUUUGUUUGGUAACUAUAAAGAUGUUAUCUUGAGGCGCAUCACAUCAUUCGAACUACAAGAAGAUCUUUAUAAUACUUAUCCAAAAGAGAAAGUUGUCGGUUUAUACCGCUUUAAUACACCCAUCCUUCUUCUGAGGGACUUAGAUAUAAUCCAGCAUGUGUUCAUAAGUAAUUUUGAUAGUUUUGUCAACCGCGGUAUGGAGUUUGGUGACAAAUUCGCCACCAAUUUAGCAAGCAGCAAUGAUGAAACGUGGAGGAUUCUUCGCGCACAAUUUUCACCAUUAUUCACUUCUGGUAAAUUGAAAAACAUGCUGUAUCUAGUGGAAAGAUGCGGAAACAAAAUGCUUGAACAACUUAAUACUGAAAUAUCAUUAUCAGAGACUUGCAAUGUUCAAAAAAUAACUUAUAAGUUCACUAUGCAAGCUAUCAGCUCCUGUGCAUUCGGUAUAGACAUGGAUGAACCUGAUAAACGAUUAACAAGAAUCUGCAAAUUGAUUUUCAGAAAUUACUAUGCUUUAGAAUUGUUUUACAUAUGCUGUAAUUUAAUGAAAAAACUACGCUUAAAUACUAUGCCCCGUGAAGUUACAAACUAUUUUAGUGCCCUGGUCAAUUCUAUCAAGGAGCAGCGCAGUGGUGUACCAUCCCAAAGAAAAGAUUUUAUGGACUUACUUCUGCAUAUGAAAAACUUAAGUGAACUCAAAAUUGGACAAAGACAUAAAAGCAAUGAUGGUGAAUUGAAAGUGUUACCGAUUAGUGACGAUUUGAUUGCGGCCCAAGCGAUGAUAUUCUUUUCCGCUGGAUUUGAAACCUCUGCAAAUACUCUCUCUUAUCUACUUUAUGAAAUUGCAAAGCAUCAAGAUAUACAAGAAAAAUUAUUUGAAGAGAUAAAGCAGACUCUGGAUAAUAAUAUAGGGGAACUGAGUUUCGAUACCCUGAAGCAGAUGUCAUAUAUGAAUCAAGUAUUUUAUGAAACUCUUCGGAUGUAUUCUUUAAUUGAUCUCCAACGAAAAGUUUCUGCGCCGUCUUGUAAAAUUCCUGGUGUGGAUGUCACUUUAAAGAGAGAUGAUUAUUUAUUUGUAUCCGUACGGGGUAUACAUUAUGAUGAAAAAUAUUAUCCCGAACCACACAAAUUCGACCCUGACAGGUUUUUACCUGACAAUAUAAAAUCAAGGCAUCCUUGCGCUUAUAUGCCCUUUGGUGUUGGUCCUCGGCAAUGUAUUGGUUGGCUGUUUGGUAAGAUUCAAACGCAAAUCUUUCUCGUAAAAUUUUUGGCUCGGUAUAAAGUAGAACUAGCUGUUGACGCCAAGAAGUUUACAUACGAUCCAAUGAAAAUAUCACUGUCACCAAAAGACGGUGUAUACCUCAAGAUCAUCCGACGAAAUGUGUGA